AAGGUGGGCUCUCUCCCGCUGGCUGGCUGGAGAGAGCGGUGUAGGUAGGUAGCGCGCCGGGUCACACUCAAAAGAGGAGGCGAGUCGGGCGAUCCGGCUCAUACGUCCACUUGGGCUCGUAGCGCUCGCACCAACCGUCUGCUUCCUCAUUUUGUUUUGAAAUUUUCUCUUUUGAUUUGCCAUUUAUUUAUUUCAUUCGAUUUUGUUUUGUUGUUGAAAUGCGAUUGUUGUUCAACUGUUGACACCUCAGUGCCGAUUUCGAAAGUUGGAUCGUCUAUAGCGACGCUGUUGUUGUUGUUUUGCAAGAGUGAAUGGUUCAAUUACUCGAUACGAAGGUGGAAGGCUUCAAUAGUUCGGGUCAAUCAACGCGAGUUGAAAGCUGGCCGUCAGCAAUCAACAGAGUCGGUUCGUUGGCUGUUCCGGCUUCCAUCGCACCGGCCGCUAUCCAUCCGAUCAGUCAUCCAAAUAGAAUGCUAGUGACAGAUAGUGCGCUGCUCGCAGCAUCCACCACUCCGGCAGCUUCAGCAUCCGCAGUGUGGAAAAUGACGGAUCUUCCAGUUUCGACAGGCACUUCUUCUUUGCCGCUCUCAGUUCAUCCGCACCAUCAUCCGCAUCACAUCCAUCCCGUUGGCGCUUCUGCUCCAAUGGUUAAUUUACGCGACCUGUACGCUUCAGCGCCUUCCGGUUUGACAAGCGGAAUGACGGCGUCAACGGCAGCUGCCCACCACCAGAGGCUUCUUGACUUAUCGCGCUAUUCUUCUGGCUUGAUCAGGCCACCUUACGAUCUGGCUGGACAUCACCAACAGUUUUUAGCGGCGGCGGCGGCCGCCGCCGCGGCCCAUCACCAUCAGGUGCAGCAUCAUCACCACCACCAACAGCAACAUCAUCUCCCGACGGCGGCCAUCGGAAGCGCGGCCGCCGGUGGCCUCUCCUCUUCCGCCGUGUCCAAACUGCUGGCCGCCGCGUCGGCUUCGUCCGGCCCGGCGGGUCACGGCGGUGUCAUGGGCGCCCGUCCGUCGGGCAUCAUCGGCGGCUCUAAGCCUAAAGUAGCCACACCCACAGUCGUAUCGAAAAUCGAGCAAUACAAACGUGAAAAUCCGACCAUCUUCGCCUGGGAAAUCCGCGAGCGACUCAUUUCCGAAGGUGUGUGUACGAACGGGACGGCGCCUAGUGUGUCGAGCAUCAAUCGCAUCCUGCGCAAUCGUGCGGCCGAGCGGGCGGCAGCCGAAUUCGCACGAGCCGCCGGCUACGGACUUUAUUCGGCCGUCUCAGCGGCCGCUGCCGGCGGAGGACCGCCGUAUCCUUUCCCGUGGGCCGGUCCACUUCAUCACCAUCAUUGGGGCGCGUCGGGACCUGGUUUGACUGGGCCGACGCUCUCGCAUCCGCUGCCGGCCGCGCUGACUACCCCGCCGGCAGCUGCCAGCAGUCCUCGACAUCUUGCUCAUCCGCACGGCAGCAGUAGCGACAGCAUCAGCCCGCGAGCUUCUCCUCACCAUCAACAGCCUCCACCUCACCAUCACCAAGGGCUCGGAUCUCUUCCGGCCGGCUUGGCAGCUUUCGCCGCCGCAGCGGCCGCAGCUGCGGCUGCCGCCCGAGACGCAGGCGCUCAUUGCUCAGCCACUCCGCAAGGAUCGGCAGCCGAUUCGGUCCAAGGCUCCGUUUCGCCGACGGGAUCUGAUCCAGCCCGUCGUUCAUCUCACGAUUCGGCCUACGGUGGAAUAGGCCGCAGUCGCAGCCGCAGCGUGAGCGCCAGUCGUAGCGGCAGUUUCAGCCGAAGUCGAAGUCGCAGCCCUUUGCGUCAACACUCGGCUGAAGUUGGCGCGGAAGACUCUUCCGUUCGGGCAGACAGCGUGACACCACCUCCGUCUUCCCAUCCGGCUGGCCGCGGAUCGUUUCCUCCCCACCAACUGUCUGAUCAGCAUUGCGACUCUUCGGCUCUUCACCACCACCAGCAGCAGGGCAAAUUCCGACGCAAUCGCACCACUUUCAAUUCGGGCCAAUUGCGCGAACUGGAAAAGGAAUUCGAAAAGACGCAUUACCCGUGCGUGGCUACGCGCGAACGGCUGGCCAGCCAGACGCAACUGUCCGAAGCCCGCGUCCAGGUUUGGUUUUCUAACAGACGAGCCAAAUGGAGACGCCAUCAGCGGAUGAACCUGCUGCAGCCAUCGCAGCCUCCGCCAGGGUCGUCGUCGGCGGGCCAAGCGCUGGAGUCGGGCCAACAGGGCGGCCAGCAUCCGCCUCAUCGUCGCCAGCCGCCACAGGUGUCGGAGGACAGCAGGUCGACAACGGCGGCCAACAACGUCCACCAGCAUCGGCACCGACCAGCAGCGCAUCGGCACCUCUUUGGCAUCCGUGGGCAGCGGCGGCCUACGCCCGCCUCCAUCCGAGCUGGAUCGCCAACCAGCACCAGCAAGCGCAGCAGUUGUUCGCCGCCGCAGCAGCCGCCGCCGCAGCCGCCGCCACCGGACGAGACAUCCGCCGAUUGCACAACAAAUGAACGGAAGGACGACCGAUUGGACGACGACGACUGUUGGGAUGGCGACAGCGACCAUGUCGACUGCAGCGACAGUGAGCAAGAGAGUGACAUCAGCGUCGUCAGUCAUCACCAAGAGCAGGAGGAAGAAGAGGACCAACAAGAACAGGCGCUCGAUUUGAAAAAGACCAGGAGCAGUUCGCCAUCAACGGCAGUAGCGGCUACAGUAUCCGGCCGAUGAUAAAUGUUGACGUGUGUAUGUGACGGAGUAGCCUGAAAAAGCUCAGUUUUUUUUUUUGUCGUUUUUUUUUUUAAAUUUCAUUUGAUGACGGUCCUUGUUGUGUGCUCCCUUUUGGCCGUUGGCUCUUCCUCAUCGGCUUGCCGCCCCCCUUUUUGGAAAGAUAAAUCCAGUAGCAGAAAACUGAUGGGAAGGAAUCCGUCAGCUUGAGCUUCUUCUCAUGACAGCGCAGAAUGUCCGACAUGACUUUCUGGCCUCGGGAAAAAAACAAAACAAAAAAACUGUUUCUAUCCGACCCGCUCGCUCCUUUCUUCCCUUCUCUUUCUCUCACACACACAAAUAAAAAUUUAAGAAAAAUAGAAAUAAAAAUAGAAUUUUCGUUUGCUUGUUUCAUUCUUCCUUUUGAUUCCCCCCUCUCGCCCAUAAUUGGGCAUGUCAAAGUCGAAGCCCGUCCCCCCCCACUCUUUAUAGUACAUUUUUCUUUUUUGCAUUUUCUCGAUAGUAUGUGUAUGUAUAUUUAUAGAGGUACACCACUAGACACGUUUACAUACGUUUUUCGUUUUUUUAUACCUGUUUUGUCUACGCAACACCCCACACAAAAUCGAUGCACGGGAGAGUUGGGUCGGACGCAUGGCAAGAUGCAUCUUCUUUCAUAUUUGUUUCUUUAAAAGCGUAAUUAUCUCCUUUGCGUGUGGCUCUCUCAAUGUUCUGAAUGGACAACAAUAGUAGAUGUAGUUCGUUAAAAAAACAAAAAAAAACAAAAAAUAAUAAUAAUUCGAUUGAUUUUUACUUGCUAUCUUUGUAACACAGCAGUUAUGCAAAUAUAUACAUCUCCAGUCAUUUGAA